GGUUUGCUUGCAAACCGCCAAUAAACACAAUAAAAAGUAGAAGAAGAAUAAAAAGAAGAAUGUGAUGUCUGCCUGUUGAUGGAUAUUUCAUAGGCUUUUGUCCAGAAGCAGCAGCGAAUAUGUAGUGGCAUAAUGCGUUACAGCGAGCCAUUUAAUGUUUUGCAAUGUCGGGGAUUACGUUAACGUUAGCUUUAACGUUAGCUAAAUUUCACUACUAGAGGAGCGUCUUGUGUUUGUCUGCUUUUUUGCCAACUCUGCACUAAUACAACAUUUUUACCUAUUCCUACACAGAAACAACCUUAGGUUCACUGCCAACCAGUUAAUUGCUACAGCAGGUAGGUUACUUGGAUUAACAUUAAAUAGCUCAGGUUGCAAGGCGCCAAAAUAAUUAGCUAACAGUUAUUGUUAUAUAAUCGUUAUCGUCGGUCAGUCUAGUGAAGAUAGUGAGAGUUAUCAGCGCACCUACUACAUCGGUGGGUGCUGGACGUUCACUGAAGGCAUAGACCAUGCCAGGCGUUGGGCAUGUCAUCCCACACACCCCGCUGGCCAUAGACUUCUGGUACGUGCGGAAAUGUCCAGGCACCCGGCUGUUUUUCCUGUCCCACAUGCACAGCGACCACACGAUGGGUUUGACUUCCACCUGGAGCAACCGGCCCAUCUACUGCUCACCAACCACCGCCAGGCUGCUCAGACUCAAACUGCAGGUGAAAGAAAAGUGGAUUCAUCCUCUAGAGGUGGGUGAGCCAUCCCUGCUGCCACUGGAUGACAUUGGCAAGGAGAGGCUGACUGUCACCCUGAUAGAUGCCAACCACUGUCCAGGCGCCGUCAUGUUUCUCUUCGAAGGCUACUUUGGCUCUAUACUCUACACUGGCGACUUCAGAUAUUCUCCGUCGAUGCUGCGUGAGCCAUGCCUGAGGGCAAACACCACUAUAGAUGUUCUGUACCUGGACACCACCAACUGUGACCCAAACCGCACCCUGCCCUCCAGACAGCAAGCCACUCAGCAAAUCAAAGAGAUCAUCCGUGGCUACCCCAACCACGAUGUUGUCAUAGGUCUGUAUACACUUGGAAAGGAGACCCUGCUGGUGGAGCUGGCAAUAGAGUUUCAAACUUGGAUUGAGGUGACCUUUGAGAGAAUAGAAACCCUCAAAGUUUUGGAGCUGCCUGAUGUUUUCACUACUGACCGAGGAGCGGGUCGUAUCCGAGUAGUGAACCGGUCAGGCGUCUGUCGUGCCGCUGUGGACAAGUGGAACCAAGAACAACCCACGUUGGCCAUCUUGCCCACCAGCAGGCCCCUGGUCUCCUUGCACCCCAUGCAUGUGGUGCCCUACUCUGACCACUCCUCUUAUCAAGAGUUGGAGGAGUUUGUCUUUGCACUUAAACCUACUUCUCUGGUACCCAUUGUAGGAAACUGUGUACCUGGAAGUCUCUCUGCCUUAAUACCAGGCAAAAAGCGUCAUGAAAUCCUUGUGCCUCAGUCAGUCCAACGCUACAUGCUAAGAGAGUCUGAGAGCCUCCUUAGAUCAACAGCAUACACUCGCCAUUACUACAGACAUGUCCGACCUCUUUCCCCAAAAGGGGUGGUGUUUGAGCAGGAGUCUGCUGAGGGAGAGAUGGACACAGAAAAUAGUGAAAAUGACUCUGACUGUAUCUUAGUGACAUGUGAAAAUGACUCUGACUGUAUCUUAGUGACAUGAGCAAGAAGCUCACCCCUAAC